AUUCAAUAUUGGUUUCUGAUGCCAUAAAAGUUAUUUCGACAAGCAAAGAUCAGUGAUGGAGUAUGCGAUUUAUUUUGGCAUAAAAUCGAUCAAGAAAACCGUUUUGGUAUCUAUAGCAAAAAAUAACAAACGUAAUAGACAAUUUUACAACUUUAUUUAAAGCGCUCGGUUAAUAAUCUAAUAAAUCAAUUACUUUACGAUAGAAAAAGCGAAAUAAAAAUAGUAAAAGUUUUAAAAAAUGCGCGAAUGUAUCUCCGUCCAUUGCGGCCAAGCCGGCGUUCAAAUUGGAAAUGCCUGUUGGGAACUAUAUUGUCUGGAACAUGGCAUCCAGCCGGAUGGCCAAAUGCCUUCCGAUAAAGCGAUCGGAGGAGGUGAUGACAGCUUUAGUACCUUCUUCAGUGAAACGGGUGCAGGUAAACACGUCCCCAGGGCGGUCUUUAUUGACCUCGAACCGACGGUUAUUGACGAAGUCAGAACGGGAACGUACCGUCAACUUUUCCAUCCAGAACAAUUGAUAAGCGGAAAGGAAGACGCGGCAAAUAAUUAUGCCCGCGGGCAUUACACCGUUGGGAAGGAAAUUGUCGAUUUGGUGUUGGAUCGCUGUCGAAAAUUGGCAGACCAAUGCACAGGUCUUCAAGGUUUUCUUAUCUUCCAUUCGUUUGGGGGAGGCACGGGAUCAGGAUUUACCUCUCUCUUAAUGGAAAGAUUGUCAGUGGAUUACGGAAAGAAGUCCAAACUGGAGUUCGCUGUUUAUCCAGCUCCACAAAUAGCAACAGCUGUUGUUGAACCUUACAACUCUGUACUAACAACCCACACAACACUAGAACAUUCUGAUUGUGCUUUCAUGGUGGACAACGAAGCCAUCUACGAUAUUUGUAGAAGGAAUUUGGACAUUGAAAGACCAACAUAUACAAAUCUAAACCGACUGAUAGGGCAAAUAGUGUCUUCCAUAACUGCAUCGUUGCGUUUUGAUGGAGCCCUAAAUGUCGAUCUGACAGAAUUUCAAACAAACUUGGUACCAUAUCCACGAAUCCAUUUCCCAUUAGCCACGUAUGCUCCUAUUGUAUCAGCAGAAAAAGCGUAUCAUGAAGCACUGUCAGUGGCUGAAAUCACCAACGCAUGUUUUGAACCGGCCAACCAAAUGGUAAAAUGCGAUCCGCGUCAUGGCAAAUACAUGGCAUGUUGCAUGCUCUACAGGGGAGACGUUGUCCCAAAAGAUGUCAACGUGGCAAUUGGGGCCAUCAAGACUAAGCGUACCAUCCAAUUCGUGGAUUGGUGUCCUACAGGAUUUAAAGUCGGGAUCAACUACCAACCGCCCACUGUAGUGCCUGGGGGUGAUUUGGCAAAAGUCCAGAGAGCAGUUUGCAUGCUGGCCAAUACCACAGCCAUUGCCGAAGCCUGGGCUCGUCUAGAUCACAAGUUCGACUUGAUGUAUGCGAAAAGGGCGUUCGUGCAUUGGUAUGUCGGCGAGGGGAUGGAGGAGGGAGAGUUUUCCGAAGCUCGCGAAGACUUGGCAGCUUUGGAAAAGGAUUUCGAAGAAGUUGGAAUGGAUUCAGGAGGAGAAGAAGGAGAAGGCGAGGAAUAUUAAAGUUUCAAUAGUGCGAUUUUUAUUUAUAUAUGUAUGGAGUUACAUGACGCGCUUUUUAUCGUUAUUAAGUUUAUAACAUUUACUGUUAGACGUUUUAAGAAUUACCGCUUUGAUACUUUUUAUUUUUUUUUGUUAUUUACAUUUAUUAUAUUAUAAUGGAAUAAACUUUAAUUUUCAAGAGUA